AUGCCAGGAAACACGCCUAAACCACCAACAAGCGCAAAAACACAAAGUAGUACAACUGCCUCUCCAACCAAAAACCAAUCGGCUCCGUCCAAGCCAUCAUCCUCUAAAUCAACUAAGGCUGAAAAAGGAGAAAAAGGCGAAAAGCUAACAGCUAAACAAAAAAAAGUACUUGAACAAAAGAAAAAGGAGGAAGAGGAAAAACAAAGAAAAGAAGAGGAAGAAAGGAUAAGGAAAGAGGAAGAAGAAGAAAGAAAAAGAAAGGAAGAAGAGGAGAGAAAAAUUAAUGAGGAAAGAAGGAAGAAGGCAGAGGAGGAAAAAAAAAGAUUGGAUGAGGAAAAGGGAUCUUUUGAUAGUGAAGUUAUCCCUUCCUUUAAAGAGAAGCUUCAUACUCUCAUGAUAGUUGCUAAAGAAGAGGACGAAUGGAACAAAUUUGUGAAUUGUGAAAAUCUUCCAAAGCUUGAUGACGAUGUUGAUAUGAAUAAUUUUAUUUCUUCAUGGCGUGAUCUAAAUGAGCUUGCUUUGAAAAAAGAAAUACGAAAUAUUAACGAGGAUUUUGCAAUGGUAGUUGAAGGGUGUAAAGUUAUGAAUGAAAUAGAAUAUUUAUUAGUCGAAUCAAUUGCACAAAGCAAGAAAGAUCUUGAAACCCAUUGUACAAAAUACUUGAACUAUCUUUCAAAUUGUAUAGUUCAAACAAUGGAUGACGCUACUGCUCAUAUUAUGCAAUAUUUUGAUAAGUAUCUUUCCUCUGAGAAUGACCAAUACCAAAAGGUACAUCCUUUUAUCAAGUAUGGCAUUUGGACCAAUAUUUCCAAAAAUCUGUACGUAAUUUUUUUAAUAUCUCAAUAA